AUCUAUUGAAUCGAUGUAUGGCUUGCCUUGACCACGAUAAACUCAUUUGUGACUUUUGAAACACAACAUUCAAACUGGGGAAGGGUGGAAGAAUUAACAUUUGCCGGGUCUAGUGGGCACGGAGCAACCUAAAGCGGGUGCACAUCGGAUCAGAGUCAUCACCCCCUCUCUGUGGGCCAUACUCCGUCGUACACGUCUUGUCUGGAGAAGAAAAAGCUAAGGCGCACAGAGGCAAGUUUGCUUAUAUAGGGAUCCCUCAUUGCACCUCCACGUUCAUCCAACUCCAUAUCUUCUCCUCACUCCAUAUUUCCAAACCUCCGCUGCUGUGUUCCUUACUAUGUCGUUAGCCAUGGGGGAUGAGCAAGUUGUGCCGAAUGAUUCUCAACUAUCGGAAGAAGGAAAUGGGCGGGUUCUCUCGACUCAGUGCCCUACCAACGCACAAUCAGCCACUGACGUUGGAAUCAUCAACGUCAACCCAGAGUUGCCCGUCCCCGUGCAGCCACUUGAGGGAGUUACGAAGACAACUGAGGGUCAACAGGGCCGAGCCGACAUUAUCUCGGACGUUCUCCGAAGCAUCCUAGAUGCCGUUGAGAGGAUCGAUGCUAGAUCAGUUACUCUGGAAGCAAACUUUGUUGAACUUCAGCGUUUGCUCAAGGUUCGGAACUCAAGCGGUGUGACCCCCUUGAUUGUAACUACAGGAACUACCACUGUGACAACAUAUGCGAGAAACAAUCACAGUGUUGGGAGAGGACACCCAGACACGGGAACCACUCCCACCACAAGAUGUCAAGGGAUUCAGAAGAUCCACACCUACACCCACCUGAUCAAUGCAGCCAAUAAAGGGAAGGGUCUUAUAGAAAGCAAUUCCGGGUACAUGUGCGAUGUCAUAAUCCCCAACUCCCCUGGUUACGAUGAUGACGUUGUCAUCGACGAGAACCUAUCUACCCCACCUCCAGUUGUUGGCAGGCGGCAGAUGGAACUGCAAAUUGGGUCUAUGAUGCAUUGGGAAACUGGCACACCUAAGCUGAGCCUUGGCGGGAACACUACACGCCGCUGUCCCGAUCAACGGUCAACUGAUAAGAUCAUGCAGGCCUUUAAUGACCUCCCUGGUUUUCAGCAACUUGACUGCACAAGUGUCGUGUGUGAGUUAUUCUCGGAUGCAGCUACACCGAUGCCUCUACCCAAGAUACCUAAGGUGGAGCAAGCAAGUCCCAUCUCAGACCAUCCCAAACUGCCGAUAUCUACGGUUGAUGAUGCAAACGAGAUCCUACCAGAGUUGGCGGGAAAGUCGGUAGCUCCGCCGAGGCAGGGUGGGAGCGGGGUCAGGCGUCCUGGACUGAUCUCACGGCUUGACUCACCUAUCUAUCUCAUACCAAUGAGCUAUGAGAUGGUUUUCGACCCAACUGCGGAUAUGGAUCUCACCUACGACGAGUGCCGCAUCGCUGCGUAUCUUUACGGCAAGACAGAAGACCUUAAUGAGGUAGUCUUCAAAUUUUAUGAGUUGGAGGUCGCCAGGGGCAUGUUCCACUCUUUGAUCCCAAAAUUUGUUCCCCACUCUGAUAUUGUGAACAUUGUUGUCCUGUUUGCUUCUCUAAGAGCAUCAAGAGAAACUCCCAUUCGUUUUUGGUUCCUCCCAAGUCCCUUCGCUGUUGAUGUCCUUCAGCUGAGGCCCAUCGACAUGAUAGUCAAAAAAUACCUGUGUCGCUGGAUGCCUGCCACAACUAAACUGGAGAAGGUUAUUAUUCCCAUAUGUGAACCCAGUCAUUCAUGGUAUAUUAUGGUAGUCCACGUCAAACAAGGCAAGGUUUACGCUCUUGAUAUCACCAAGACUGAAGAAACCAUGGAACGUAGAGAGCGCAACAUGCGUACAAUCAUGAUAACUUUGUCACAAAUUUUCAAGCAAGAGCAGAAUCUUAGCAGCUUCACAGAGAUCUCUCCUGAUCCUACAACUUGGGGACCCAUUAAUUAUCCCAAAGGAGUACCCAACCAACCAAACAGCAACGAUUCCGCUGUGUGGUGCCUUUACUGGCUACUGAAUGACGGGUUACUUGACCCUAGGAGGCUUGGUGUCAUGAUGAAUGGAAAGGUGAGAAUGAAAACUGCAACAACUAUCAUCUUGUCUGACUGGAACCAGAAGAAGCAGGCUGUGGAUCAGGAGGCAGAGAAGCUGUGGGGCACCCUCAUGCGCGCUCAUGACUAGUUUCCAUGGUCAUGGACGCAUGCAACAUGGCCGUCUCAUAUGUGCAUGUGUUGUGAAUGGUUAUAAUUUGUAAAAUAGCUUAGUAAGGUUUGAUAUGUAUAAAGCCUAUGACUCUAAUGGAUCUCAAUUGGAUGGUAAAGUGUGGAAACGAGUGGUCCUUCCACUAUGGCAGGAGCACCCAUAUCAACACAUUACCCUUUUGCAAUCAAGGUGGAAAAGACCAAAUCCUUUUGACUAUAGUACUUAUGUUUGGUGUCCUUGUUCAUUUAGGAUGGUAUUUACAGUAUCAAAGAUGGGUGUCAUUAUGACAACUUUUGUGUAAGGUAUGUGUAUGAGUUAAGAAUGAUGCAUCAAGCAUGAUAGUCAUCAUGACUCUGUUUAUGUAAGGUAUGUAUCUGAGCUAAGCAUGAUAGUCAUUAUAACUUUAUUUAACCAAAAUCUAGAUUGAUACAUCCUGUGUGGCUACAUGUUUUCUUUCAGUCCUCUGAUCCAUGGAGGGGCAUGGAUAUUUCAGCUAAAAGUGCUUAGUAUAUUUGGACUUUAUUGUUUGAGCGCACAUUAAUGCACCGUGCGACUCACUCAAAUAAUGCUAUAUUUGGUGCCCAGAUAGAAACAAAGUAAAUGUAAGCGAAUGCUAAAAAGUUUGAGUUUAUUUAGAUAAUCAAAUAUUAGAAUAUCAUCUGAUCUGAUCAUGGGAAAUUUGGUUUCACAAUUAUCAUCACACAUGAAACAAUUAUUAUUUUGUUCGCGAGCAGUACCUUAACUUAGUAAUUUAGUAUAGAUUUUGAGCACUAGUUUAUGUACUGUAAUGAUUAACAUGAAAUUUCAUAUAAAGUUUAGAGUGGUAAUUCCAACGAAGGCUGUAUCAAAAAAAUUAAAUACAUUGCACACGUAGUUGGUUCAGAACUGCAUGGUAAAGACUAUUUACAAUUUCCACGUUGAAAGAAUUAAGACCAUUUAUAUACAGCGAAUUAAGCAAAUAUGAAGGUCCCUCUACAACGGCACAGUAGGUCAUAUAUUUUCCUUUCCAUGCUUUGUGAUGAACCCACAUCUCCAUAGGAAGUUCUGGCUUCAUUGGCCGAAGUGCUUGCAGGGAACAAAACCUAAUUCAUCCAAGAUUCACAAACUUCUAGAGCUUUCUUCCAUAUAGCCAAGACUACUCACUCAACAGCAAACGAUUCCAAAUACAAUUUUGCAUUGUACUGCAAGAUCUGGACAUCCAAAAUUAUUAUAUAUUUAGAAAAGACAACAGAAAGAGCGGCAGAAUACAGUAUAACUAUUUUCAUUCUCAGGCAUAUUCCAAAACCAAUAAAAGCCUCUUGGGGAAACUGCGGCUCAGUAGAUGUCAAAAUAUUUUGCAAAAUCUGCAAUGCAAAAAAAAAUGUCAGAGGAGAAAAUAGGAUUACAAGGAACUUUGAAGGUUUGUUUUAACGAAUUAAAGCAGAAGUAGCCUCUUCGAAAACCUGCAGUUGACUAUUUCCAUCAAAUAGUGGCUUCCCAGUGA